UGGACACCAGAACUUCUCUAAUGAAAGCUACUGCCCAGGACACUUACCCUUUAACUUCCUGUGCUACUGACCUAGGCUCUCACUUAUUGCACAGGUUAUGAGUUGUGACCAACCGAUCCCAUGGUGUACAACAUCCUUCCUGCUUCCAAGGUGAAGAGUAAUAGUAAUUGUGCUGCUACAUUGUUCUCCACCAACCAUUUCACCAUGUUUAGAGUGUUGGAAUGUUGGUUUGUUCCUACUGGGGCUUCUAUCUAGUUUAACAUGCAUGCUCCCAAGUUUCCUGUCUCUUGUGCCAAUGCAGCACUGGGUGACGGUUCACUCUUUCUUCCAGCCUAUUGACAGAAUGUCUGGACACGGCAAGAGGAAGGCAAAGCCCUGGUCUUCAAGAUCCCAGUCAAAGAGGGCUGGUUUGCAAUUCCCCGUGAGCCGUGUCCACCGGUACCUGAAGAAGGGGCGCUAUGCAGUGAGAAUAAGCCCCAGUGCUGCAGUCUACCUGGCCUCUGUGCUACAGUACCUGAGUGCUGAAGUGCUGGAGGCAGCAGGGUAUGUGACCCAGGCAAAGGGGUACCAACGCAUCAUGCCAAGGCAUAUCCUGCUGGGCAUUAAGUGUGACGACGAACUGCAUAAACUGUUCAACCAUGUGACUAUUCCCCAAGGAGGUGUCCCGCCCAGAAUUGAGAAGCCGCUUCUGACCAAGAAAACCAAUAAAAAGUCUGUGAGUAGAAAGAGAGCUGCCCCCUGCUAGUUCCCCUCCAGCUGCAGCUGAACCUGGAAAUGAGGAGUGGGGUCUGGCUCACUGAGACUGGAUUUCUGUGCUACAGGCUUCACUUGGUGCACUUGGUUUGUGUGUUGCUGCUAAAGAAUAUUUAUUCAGAUUGGUGAUU